AUGGAGGAACUUGCCCGGGAGAGCAUCAGCCUGCUGGCCAGGUCUGCGUCCCAUGCUGAUGCUCCCCGGCUCGGCUCGUUCGGUGCCGUCUUCAUCAUGCUGAAGUCUGCCCUGGGGGCCGGGCUGCUGAAUUUCCCCUGGGCUUUCCAGAAGGCUGGUGGAGUGAGCACUGCCAUCAACGUGGAAAUGGUAUCGUUAGUAUUCCUGAUCAGCGGGUUGGUCAUCCUUGGCUACGCCUCAUCCAUCAGCAGGCAGAACACCUAUCAGGAUGUCGUGCGCGAGGUGUGUGGGCGGGCCGUGGGUCAGCUCUGCGAGGUGUGUUUCUGCUUCAACCUCUUCAUGAUAUGUGUCGCCUUCCUGGUGGUGGUGCAGGACCAGUUGGAAAAACUGUGCAUAUCUUUAUAUGAGACCGCGACUGGCUCCACUGAGGGAGAAAUGCCCCAUCACUGGUACACGGACCAGCGAUUUGCCCUCUUCAUCAUGUGCCUUGUGUUUAUCCUACCACUAUCAAUCCCCAAGGAAAUCGGUAUCCAGAAAUACACAAGUGUCUUAGGCACGCUGGCUGCUACAUAUCUCUGUGUGGCAGUGAUUGCCAAAUAUUACCUGAUGGAGAACCACACAGCCAUAAUAACCCCAGAGCCCAGCAAAGGUGUAAGUUCAUGGGCUUCAAUGUUCAGUGUAAUACCAACCAUCUGCUUUGGCUUCCAGUGCCAUGAAGCUUGUAUAGCAAUCUACAGCAGCAUGGAGAAUCAGAAGCUCUCCCACUGGGUGGUCAUCUCUGUCAUCUCCAUGUUUUUCUGUUUGCUCAUCUAUACUCUCACUGGUGUGUAUGGCUUCAUGACGUUUGGGCGCACCGUUGCCUCAGAUAUUCUGAUGUCAUAUCCAGGAAAUGAUGUCGUCAUGAUCAUUGCUAGACUUCUUUUUGGAAUAUCAAUCAUAACCAUCUAUCCUAUCAUUCUGCUUUUGGGCAGAUCUGUGAUCCUGGACCUGGUGCUGCGCAUUCGCAGACGUCGAAGGGGCGUCGUCACACACUCUUUUGAGAGCCGCUGCAGAGUGGUCCUGACUGUCAUCUGGAUCACCGUCACCCUCCUCAUCGCCAUGUUUGUCCCAGACAUGAGUGAGGUCAUCAGUGUCAUAGGGGGAAUCAGUGCCUUCUUCAUCUUUAUCUUUCCUGGUCUCUGCUUGGUGUUCAUCAUGCAACAAACAGAGUCUGUGAGUCCGAGAGUCAGGGUGCUGUUAUCAAUAUGGGGUGUCAUCACUGUCACUGUUGGAGCCUUCAUCUUUGGACAAAGUACAACUAUUGCUGUCAUGGAGCUUUUGCACAAGUUUUGAAUGUCAUUAA